GUAAUUUCAUUAUCACGGUCACGGUCCUCCUGUUGUUCAUUGAUUUGCUCGAGCGGGCCCAGUAACGUCUCCAUCAUGAGAGUUGUUGUUACUGUGUUUGGCAUAUCAAAUACGUCACGGGGAGCUUGCCAGGCUCUGCCGUGCGGGCGAGAUACUCUUGGUAGCUUGGUAGCUUGCCAGGCUCUCCGAGAAGGGCGGAGGAAUUGAACUCGGAUCAGCCAUAUUGGCUGUAUGCAAAGCAAACGCCCAUUCAAAAGAGAUUGUGAGCUUCUCCAGAGGAGCAAGAACCCUGAAUGAUUUUGGGGAAGAGAUUUUAUGUUGACAUUCUCCACAGUGCCUUUGCCUGAAGUUCUACACACGCAUAAGGACUCAGAUUCAGCAUUAACGAUUUUGGGGAAAAACCAUGGCCUCAGGCACAGCUAAGACCAUGCGGGAGGAAGCCACCUGCCCCAUCUGCCUGGAGCUGAUGAAUGAGCCAGUGAUGAUAGACUGUGGACACAUUUACUGCCGUCCUUGCAUAAUGGAAAUUCUUGAUAAGAAGAGAAACAAGUCAUCACCAAGGGGAAACCAGUGUCCUGUAUGUAGGGCACAGUUUCAAAGGGAGAGUGUCCGGCCAAGUAAGCACCUAGAAAGCAUCAUUAACACCAUAAAGAAGAUUGAGCAGGAAUAUUUGUGUGAAGAACAUGAAGAGAAACUAAGCCUGUUUUGUGAAAAUGAUCGUCAGCUCAUUUGCUGGCGCUGUGAGCGAACACCACAGCACAAAGAGCACACCACGGUCCUUGCUACAGAUGCCUUUCAAAGUCACAAGGAAAUCUUCCAGAAAACUUUGACACACCUGAGGAAACUCGAAGACCAAAAUAAGGAAUGGCAAGGGAACAUAAGAGAGCAACUAACAAAAUUUCAGUCUGAAGUACUGCGUGAAAAAGAAUUGAGCCAGUUUAUCUUUAAGGAAAUUCACCAGAUCCUACACAUGGAGGAGAAUGCUUAUGUAUGGAAAGUAGAAAAUGAAAAAGAGAAAAUUCUGAAGACACUGCAGGACAGGGAAGCCCAGUUGGAGAAGCAAAACCAGGAACUCAACAAACACAUCCUGGAACUGGAGAGGAAAUGUCAGGGCUCAGUACAGGAGUUACUGCAGGAUGUAAGAGACACUUUGGACAGGAUUUCUGCUAUGAAGUUAAAUGCACCAGAGGAUGUCUCAAUGGAAAUUGAGACUCUGCCUGGUCCUGAUAACGUUUUCUGUGAAUUUAUAAAAAUGUUUGAAACGUAUAAUGUUAAGAUUACUCUAGAUCCAGAUACAGCUCAUAAUGACCUACUUGUAAACAAGGAUGAAAACAAGGUGACCAGUGGAUCACCCCAAGUGAAGCAUGAGACUCCUGCUAGGUUUAAAGACUUACCCUGUGUCCUGGGAUGUGAGGUCUUCACCUCAGGAAAACAUUCCUUUACAAUAUAUAAUAUAACAGGAUCUGAGUGGGAUGUAGGAGUGUGUCUGGAAAAUGUGCCAAGGGACAAUGACAUGAGACGGGAUCCUGAGUCUGGAUUCUGGGCCAUCAGAUGCUGUGGACAGGGGGACUAUGUAGCCCUUACAUCUCCCGUAACUCCACUUCGUCUGGAGGAGGAGGUUAGGUGUCUAAGGGUUUUCCUGGACUAUGAGGCCGGACUUGUCUCCUUUUACAACUCAAAUACUAGCUCCCACAUCUUCACCUUCCCACAGGCCUCUUUCUCUGAGCGUCUCAGGCCUUAUUUCCACAUUGGUGAAGGUUCUUGUUUGUAUAUUAAUCACCCAGAUUUGUAAGAAAUUUGUAGAGAAUAUGUUUUGUAAGAUUUAUAAGAAAAGAGCACAGUGUCCUUAUUCUUAUAUACAGUUCAAAGGAAUAGGAUUCAAAUUCUGUGAGGGUAGAAAUUUUGGUUACUUUCUUCACUAUUUGCCAUAACCUAGAUUGAUGCAAAGCUUUAGUAGAUCACUAAUAGAUUUGCAUUCAAUGAAUGGAUAUAAAGACUCUAAACAAGUACCACAGAUGAGGAAACUGCUUCACAGGGAAGUUUCUGAGCUACAAGAACCAUACACUGUCUUACUCACCUCUCAUCAGUGGAUUCAGUUUUAUGAAAUAAAUACUCAGCCUAGGUAAAUUCUCACCACUUAUCUCUUCUUAGUAAAUAAAAGCCUUUCAAUGGAUCAUGAAAAUGCUGAAACAAGGAGACGAAGGGCUAUACAUGAUAACAUUUCAGUAUCGGUAUUGCAAACCAUAAUGCCCAAAAGGAGAGAGACAGACAGACAGACAGACAGACACAGACACAGACAAAACACAGAUACAUACCUAGAGAGGGAGAGAGACAGAGAAGAAAAGUAAAAGUGUCUACUGUGAAGCAGGCUGGGUGUGGGUAGGGAUGUAGCAGGAGGAAAACUGGAGACAUUAGGGGUGGGAAAUGUAUACUGAUGAAGAGAUGGGUGUUGGAACAUUGUAUGACUGAAACCAAUAAUAAACAAAUUUAGCUGUGUCUCUCAAUGUAAUUCAAUAAAAAAAUAGAAAAAAAAAACAAAGUGUAAGUGUAUGCUAAGAAUGAGUAGCAUUGUUCCUAAGUAGGACAGACUGGGGACGUUGCGGGUGGUAAAUGUAUACUGGUGAAGAGAUGGGUGUUGGAACAUUGUAUAACUGAAACCUGAUAAUGAACAACUUUAACUGUGUCUCUCAAUGUAAUUCAAUAAUAAAAAAAAGAAACAUCAUGUACGUAUAUGCUAAGAAUGAGUAGCAUUGUUCCUAAUGACAACAUGCUCAAAGUAACUGUACACAGAGUCAAAGUGGGAUAUAAACAGAGAAAAAAAUUGUAGUCAAUCUCUAAUUAAUAUAGCUGUGAGUUCACGAUGUGGGUGGGGGAUGCAUUGCGUGGCCAGGAGAAACCUCCCCAGCCUCUUCAGCAGAGGAACAAAGAGAUGGGGAACCACAGCCUGAUGGCUAAUGAUCAAAAUGGUCUGUGUAAUGCAGAGCUGUUAACACACUUAAACAACAUCUGAAGUCCUUUGAGGUAUAGGACUGCACAUAGGUGUGAUUGAUCAUUUACAGAGGUAAAGUGUUUCAGUGGAGGGAAUUCUCUUGGAGGGAUUAAUUCAAGGGGACACUCUGUCUCCCAGGGACAUCUAUAUUGCUUUUCUCUUGUACAAUAAACAAUUAAGUUUACUUCCUA